AUGGUUCUUAGAUCAACAACAUACCAAAAUGAAAUGAAUGAGACAGAUUCUUCUAAAAAUACAAGUUUUGUUACAUCAUUAAUGAAAUCUUGGAGAAUUUCUUCAAGUUCUUCAAUUGCUUCUUCUUCAAAUACAAACGAACCACUAACAAAUAAUAAUAAUAAUAACCACACUAAAUCAGUAUUAUCUUCUGAUUCUCCGUUCUAUUCUUCCCCUAUACAAUCCACACAUUUUGAUACCAUCACUAAUAAUACAGGUAGUGGCACUACUACCAAUAAGAAAGGUUUUACAAGAAAGUUUAGUUCUAGUUCCCAAGAUGGAAAUUUCGACGCAAUGGCCAAACAAACCAUAAGCAUAAGGAAAUCAACAUCUUCUUCGUCUUCAUCUUCUUCAAUUAUUAAUAAUAAUAUUACCAGUCAUGCUCAUACUAGUACACAUUCCCAUACUCAUAAUAGCAACAAUAAUAAGACCACAAAUUCAUAUUCCCCUUUAAGGUAUGUAAGUCCCUCGAUGACUAAUUUGGAGAGUCUGAAAUCAAGUUUCUUUAGACAACAUCAUACAAGAAAUUCACACCAUAAUCAAUAUUAUCAUAACACGCCAGGUAAUAACAACAGUAAUAACCAUAAUUCAUUUAAUUAUUCAAAUUCUCCUGCCAUUGGAGCUUCGUAUUCAAGUUAUAAUGGCACCGGAUCCCUUGAAAAUUUUCCAAACGAUAACAACAAUGCUAGUAGUAAAUAUUUUCAAGAUUUAGAUGAAGAUUGGAGUGCAGUCAUAGAUGAUUUCAACAUGCCGAUACCGGUUAUGUUAAAUGGCGGUAGAGGAGAUCAUGCUAGUAACAGUAACAAUAACUCUCUAUCUAGAAUCUCUACAAACUCAUCAAUAACAAAUUUUAAACCAUCAACAACAUCAGUAGCACCACUUCAAUACCCACAGUUACCUCUUAUCGAAACAAGAUCAAAGGAAGAGAUCGAAAAUGAAAGAGAGAUACAGAAAUUAAAUUCUCUUAUGAAGAGAAUAACUAAGUUUGAUAAUAUCCUUAAUAACAAGCACAUAAUCAAUCUAUCAGAGUUGAGACAGAUUAGCUGGAAUGGAAUACCUAAACCUCAUAGACCAGUAGUUUGGAAAUUAUUGAUCGGUUAUUUGCCAGCUAAUAAAAAUAGACAGGAGUCAUUUUUGAAAAGAAAAAGACAAGAAUAUCGUGAUGGAUUAAAUCAUACUUUCUCCAAAAACCAUAAACGAGACAUUCCCACUUGGCAUCAAAUUGAGAUCGAUAUUCCAAGAACUAACCCACACAUACCUCUGUAUCAAUUUAAAACAGUUCAUGAAAGCCUACAAAGAAUAUUGUAUCUUUGGGCAAUCAGACAUCCAGCAAGUGGUUACGUUCAAGGUAUCAAUGAUUUGGUAACCCCAUUUUAUCAAACUUUUCUGACAGAAUAUUUACCUCAAUCUCAAAUAGAUGAUGUGGAAAAUAGAGAUCCAUCCUCAUAUCUGUCUGAAGAACAACUGAAAGAUGUAGAAGCAGACGCUUUUUGGUGUUUAACUAGAUUGCUGGAACAAAUUACAGAUAAUUAUAUACAUGGUCAACCAGGUAUUCUAAAACAGGUUAAAAUCUUGAGUCAGUUGAUUAAAAGAAUUGAUACUGAUUUAUAUAAUCAUUUUCAAAAAGAACAUGUUGAAUUCAUCCAAUUCGCCUUUAGAUGGAUGAACUGUCUUUUAAUGAGAGAAUUUCAGAUGAAUGCUGUGAUUAGAAUGUGGGAUACUUAUUUAUCAGAAACUUUCAGUGAUACAGGUUCAUCUAUGUCCACAUCCUUUAACAGUGAUUUAAUGUCACCACAAACACCAACACAACGAUCAACUGCAACUUUUCAUACAACACCACAAGGUUCCAAUCAUGUUACUACGUUAUCACUUCAUACCCCUGCAACCACAACAACUCGAUUCAAUUCAGUAACAACUUUAACAUCGGUGAGUAAAGAUGAAUCGGAUCCAACCAAGGUUAAACAAUCUUCUUUGAAUGAGUUCCAUGUCUUUGUAUGCGCUGCAUUUUUAAUCAAAUGGAGUGAUCAAUUAUGUGAAAUGGACUUCCAAGAAAUUAUAACUUUUUUACAAAAUCCACCUACUAAGAAUUGGGAUGAGAACGAUAUUGAGAUGUUAUUAAGUGGUGCAUAUAUUUGGCAAUCGUUAUAUAAAGAUGCAACGUCCCAUUGGUUAUGA